AGUGCUAAGAACCAGCUCAUUGUGAAUGGACAAUAGGAGCAUUUGAGUUCCAGCAGCAGAAACAGAUGAGAGAGACCACGAAGUCUGGAGCACAGGGGCAGGCAACAGCAGGAAAACCAGGACUGUGUGUAUGAUGCGAUGCCCGGAUCUUGGCUGAUGAGUUGGCUUCGGAUGUUUGGGGUUGUGCUGGGCUUCUUCUGUUUUUCAACUUUGCUGAAGGCAGCUCCCGAGUUUUCAGGUUACCUACAGAAGAUUUUGAAAAACCAUACUGCCCACGCCUGUGAUAGGGAGCAGAUGACAAUAAUUUGCCCCCACAAGACUUCCAUUAGUGUCCUUUCUGCAUUCUAUGGACGCCGAGUGCCCAGUCGAAACCUAUGCCCAACCACAGAAGACCUCUCCUUGGAAAGCACCGAUUGUGUGUCUGCCACAGCCCACCAGAAAAUGAUGGAUGAGUGUCAGGACCAGCGAUGGUGUCAUUUCUCUGUCCACAGCCAUGUGUUCGGCCCUGAUCCAUGCCCAGGUACGCACAAGUACUUGGUGGUCUCCUACAAAUGCAGACCAGCCAACCAUCGCCUGAAGACCGUGUGUGAAAAUGAAAAACUGAGACUGCAGUGCCGGAACAAGUCCAUCCUAGCUAUUUACUCUGCCAUCUAUGGGAGGCCUUUGCGGGGAAAGCCAGAAUGCGAAUCGGUGAACAGGACGGGACCUGACAUAGAGUGUCUGGCUCCUGAUGCCUUGAGGAGAGUUUCCCGGAGGUGUCACAAGAAGGAGAACUGCACCAUUGUUGCUGAUAAAGCCACUUUCGGAGACCCCUGCUUCCCUGGAGUGAAGAAACAGCUGAGAGUCUCCUAUACUUGCGUGCCAAGGCAGCUGCUGGAAGAGGUGGGCCGCAACUCCCAAGAAGACCCUUUCUUAAUCUCAGACUACACACAUGGUGGCUGGUACACUGGGCCGAGGCUUUCCAGGCUCCAAGAGAAUCUGAUGAUAUUUACUAGCUCUCUGGAAACUUUUGCCCUUUUCUGGGGCGUUCCUGAGAAGGUGGGCUUUUAUUUCCUGUGCGGAGUCUCAGGAGGCCUGGUGUUCCUCCUCCUCCUCUUUGCACCCAAAGUGGCCUUCCUCCAGGAUUUAAAGGAGGCUUUCAAAGCUGCAGAGCUGAGCGAAAGCUUAGAGCUGGAGACCACCAAGCUGCAGGAUGAGCAGGAUGACGAGAACCACGAUGACAGCUCCUCCGACUCCUCCUUCCGCCGCCUCACUCGCACCUACCGCAACUCCAACAAUAUAUUUGGGCCAGAGCUCACUGCGGCCCUGGAAGGAGCGGCAGACCAUAUGGGCCACGAGGGAGAUGAGAUCUGGAUACCCAAGGAGUCCAGCCCAUAUGCCAUCCACAAAAUUAAGUCUGCUACCAAAUGAGAAAGAAUUUGCCAUGGGAACAAGGUCAGAGCUGUCUGUUGUAAGCUGAGGUGGACUGAGCUCAAUGGCUUCAUAGAAUUAUAGAAUCAUAGAAUCACAGAGUUGAAAAGGAUCCCCAAAAGUCAUUUAGUCCAACCCCCUGCAAUGCAGGAAUCACAUCUA